AACAGUGCCACCAAGCGGAGUCUACGUGGCCUAUGGAGGCGGCCAUAUUUGUCAACUUGGAUCGGUUGUUUUAGCUAAGAAAAUCUGUAUAUAUCGCGAUUGUCUUGUGUCAUCUGCUCCCCAAAAUAUUUUCAGCAUGUUGCUUAAACCUUUCCAAAUCGCCAUACUAGUGUUAGUUGUAAUAUAUCAAGCUGGAUGCGACGAACACGACCAUACAUAUAAUGAGGCUGAUGAGGUUGUGUUGUGGAUGAACACUGUGGGCCCCUAUCACAAUCGCCAGGAGACAUACGAGUACUACUCUCUCCCAUUUUGCCGCGGACCCAAGGAGAGCAUUAGUCAUUACCAUGAAACCCUUGGUGAGGCAUUGCUUGGAGUUGAGCUGGAGUUCAGUGGGGUUGACAUCGACUUCAUGGCUGAUGUGACCAAAACCCAAUACUGCUCAGUGGACUUGUCUGAGGAGAAAUAUCAAGCCUUCAGCUAUGCUGUGAAGAACCAUUACUGGUACCAGAUGUACAUUGACGAUCUCCCUAUCUGGGGCAUUGUUGGUGAGAUCGAAGAGAACACAGAUGGUCUGUAUAUCUGGACACACAAGAAGUUUGACAUUGGCUACAACACUAAACAAAUAGUUGAUGUUAAUCUGACGAGUGAAGCUAAGGUUAAACUUGCCCCCAACAAAAAGAUUCCAUUCACAUAUGAGGUGAAAUGGCAUACAUCAAAGGUGAAGUUUGAGGACAGAUUUGACAAGUACCUUGACCCCAACUUCUUCCAACACAGGAUCCACUGGUUCAGCAUCUUCAACUCCUUCAUGAUGGUUAUCUUCUUGGUGGGUCUGGUCAGCAUGAUCCUGAUGAGGACGCUGCGCAAGGACUACGCUCGAUACAGCAAGGAGGAGGACCUGGAUGAUAUGGAGAAGGACCUUGGUGAUGAGUAUGGCUGGAAGCAGGUUCAUGGUGAUGUAUUCCGACCGGCGUCACACCCCAUGAUGUUCUCCGCCCUCAUUGGUACUGGCUAUCACAUCGGCAUGGUCUCCAUCUGUGUCAUCACUUUCGCCAUCAUUGGCGAACUCUACACAGAGAGGGGGUCCCUGCUCAGCACUGCCAUCUUUGUGUAUGCUGCCACAGCCCCUGUCAAUGGCUACUGUGGAGGGGGCCUCUAUGCCAGGAUGGGAGGUAAAGUGUGGAUCAAGCAGAUGCUAAUGAGUGCCUUCCUGCUUCCCUCUCUUGUGUGUGGGACGGCAUUCUUCAUCAACUUCAUCGCUAUCUACUAUCACGCCUCCAGAGCCAUCCCCUUUGGCACCAUGGUUGCUGUGAGCUGCAUCUGCAUCUUUGUGAUACUCCCCCUGACCCUGGUGGGGACCGUGCUGGGCAGGAACCUCGCUGGCCAACCCAACUACCCUUGCCGCAUCAAUGCGGUGCCCAGGCCCAUACCAGAGAAAAAAUGGUUCAUGGAGCCCGGAGUGAUCGUGGUACUUGGAGGGGUGCUGCCAUUUGGCUCUAUAUUUAUUGAAAUGUAUUUUAUUUUCACCUCAUUUUGGGCCUACAAGAUAUACUACGUGUAUGGCUUCAUGUUCCUUGUGUUCGUCAUACUAGCCAUCGUGACUGUGUGCGUCACCAUCGUGUGUACUUACUUCUUGUUAAAUGCGGAGGACUAUCGAUGGCAGUGGACCAGUUUCCUCGCUGCAGCUUCAACUUCAGGAUACGUCUAUCUCUACUCAUUUUAUUAUUUCUUCUUCAAAACAAAAAUGUAUGGGCUGUUUCAAACAGCCUUCUACUUCGGGUACAUGGCGUUGUUUAGUAUUGCCCUUGGGAUAAUGUGUGGAACCUUCGGCUAUGUGGGAACCAGCCAGUUUGUGAGGAAAAUAUAUUCUACAGUGAAAAUAGACUAACACGACCUCGUAGUGUGUGUACCGUGGACAAACAACCGACACAGCUUGGCACCGGGGAGGGAGGUUUAGAAAGGCCUGUGGAGAGCCACGUACAGCAUCUUUUAGUCAGUAGAGACAAGUCUGGAUUUCACAAGCGGAUGAGUGAGUGGACUGGAGAAACCACAUGGGGCACAGAUUCAGCUGAUGGUUGUUGACACUUUAUUGGAGGCUGGCUAGUGUCAACUGGCUGUUGACAAGGGCCUGGUUGAUGCAUGGGAGCCAUUGUGAGGAUUAUCCCAUCACUCCUGCCACAUAAUACAAUAAAUGCAUGGAUAUGUAGACUGUUGGUGGGAUGGUUGUAAUAUUGGGAUGAUUCAUAGUUGUGUACUGGCUUUAGUUUUUGUUGGCUGUUACUUUUGGUUGGUUUUGACAUAAUUUCUAUAAUCUUGGCAGUAGUGUUUCACAUAAAAACCACAGAAAAAAACCAAGACAUGUAUAUAGAUUUAAACUAUCUACUUAGCAAGCUUGUAAAAAUCAUAAGAAAAUUUAUUUAUUGAAACAAAGAUAUAUUUAGGAAUGAAACUUUGAAAUCCUGUGAUACAACAUAUCAUGAAGAUUCUCCAAGCUUUAUGAUGUGGAAGGUAAAGUUUUUGUGAUAGCUGAUCCAGUAAAUGUGUGCUGAGAUGGAUACAAAUGUUAUUGUUUCUGUGUGACUAUCAGGACAGACUUGAAAACAGUCAUUGUCUCACUUAAUGUAUCUUAGAUAAAGGGGAGAAGUCAGGAUAUGUAAGAGUAAAAUGUUUGUUUUUUCUGUCCAAUUUUUGGAAAAUUACAGAUUCUAGAUUUCUUCAGUUCCCAAGGAACCAUAUGAUGAAGUAUGCAGUCUUCAAAACUGUAUUGACUUUUUACCAUCAUUUUGAUUCAGUUUCCUGGGGCACAUGUGAGAAUGUUUAUUUUGAAUUUAAUUAAAAGCGAUAGAAAUUUGUGAUAGGGGUAGUAGAAAAAGUUCUUGCUAACUGAACAUUUAAUGGUAGCAGAAUAUAGAUACAGGUUGUUGUGAAAAAUUAGUUUCUAAACCUGAUCAAUGUGAUGAGGUCAUCUAAGUGAAUUCAGAGGUGAGAGAGAAUGUUGACUAUAAACUAGGUUUGUGUAUCUUAGUGUGCACACACUAUGAAAAUAGGGGAUGGAAUUACAACGGUUCCUUUGGAAAUGGAAUAAUUGUUUGUAAUGUUUGAUUGUUGAGGGCUAGUUCCAAUGAUUUUAUGAUUUUUAGUUGAAAUGUUUUGUUGAAAUAUUUACCUAUGCUAGCAGUGACAGUAUGUUUUGCCGUCUUUUCAAUUGUCUUGCUUGCAUGACCUGCAUGCGUUUGGUGCAAGGGUACAAUGUAUGGUAUGAAACUUUGUUAGACUUGGACCAAGAUCUGUUGUACUUGCCCUGCUUACAACAUUCUUUUACAGUAUGCUUUUUAUGUGCUUACAAAUUCUGUUCCCAAAUUACCCAAUGCUAAGACAUUUCUUACACGAUAUUGUUCACGAAGCAACCUAUUUUGUUUUCUCUCUCCCUCAUCAAAGUGUACAUAAGUACUGACUUCUAAAUCAAUCUAUCCAGGCUUGGAAGUUUGUACACAGUAUUGAAACAUUCAGGCCUACUUGCACUGAGCUGUCUUAGUUUGCUGCCGCAUCUUGUAGUUAAGUUGCAGAAGCUGAAGAGCUGAGAUCAGUUUGUGAUGUCAGUCCUUGUUCGUUUCAUUUAAUCAUUGGAUAUUCUAAUUGACACAACUCAUUUGUUCUCCUGAAAUGGUCCGAUUAAAGUUGGUUUUAUCAGCUCUGGUCAAAUUGCUAUUACCCACCCUUUUUGAUUUUUUAGAUAUUCUUUAUUAAGUUUUCUAACUUGUACAAACAAUGCACAUGAUCUGUACAUAAUACUAGCUGGCGUGUAUUUAAUUCAGUGCCCAUAACCCAACAUUGCAUCAUGUAUUUAAUGUCCAUCUCAGCUGAGGCCUAUGUUCAUAGAGUGAAUGGGGUAAGUGGGAGGUAUUAUGUGUGGUUGAAUGUCUGACCAAUCCAUUGGGAUGAAUCACCGUUGAUAGCAUCUGAUUCAUCCUGUACAUAGCUGUCACAGUUGUUGACAGUUGAUCACACUUUGUAUGCUAUUGUGAACCUGUGUAAUCUUCAUUACGGCAUCAUAUUUUAUAUGGCCUUUGGUCAUAUCGUGGGUGUUGAUACUGUUUGUUCUGACAACAGCAUGGUAUUUCCUCAACAGCUCAGUUGUGUAUUACGGAAAUUGACAUGAAAUUGACGUUUCUCAUUUCAUAUCUCUUUCCACGUGUUGCUGAUGUAGAGAUGUAAUAAUUUGGUAGAUGAUCAGCUGUACAUAUAUCCUAUUUUUUAAGUGGUUCUUAACGUUUGGAUUAUUAUUCAACCAUGUUUAUAGUGUACAAUAAUAUCUGAAGGGUUGAAAACUAAUUUGGUGACUGUUGCAAUGUGCAACAUAUUUUUUUGGACCAUGGUGUAGUCUCAUCUCGACAUGCUAUGUACAGACAUGCUACACACUGAAAGUUGCAUCAGUACUCAUGGGUUCUACUGAUAUCUGCUAUGUAAGUGUUCAGCUACAUUGCAGAAAAUAAAAUGUAAGAUAUGA